UUUUUAUUCUUCAAGUUUCUUUUGCCUUGUACUGGAACUCUUGAAUUUUCAGUGAAUUUUAUUAUCAGCUUGUCAAUUUCUGCAAAGGAACCAACUGGGUUUCUGAAAGGGAUUGUGUUGAAUCUGAAUAUCAGUUUGGAGAAUAUCUGUUAGAUGUGGGUUUAGAUAAAAGAGUGUAAAUUAAAGGUUUUGACUGAUGUCUGGAAUCAUUAACAAAACGUGGGAAGAUAGGAAAUGAAGAUAGUAAGAAGAUGCGUUUUUGACACUGAGUUUAUGCUACUAUGGGACACCAGGUGAAAUGUUCAGUAGGCAAUUAGAGCUUGUGUUAGAUGUGGAGGAGAGAACAAGGAACUGUGAGAGCAGCAUUAGAGAAUGAGAUUUCUGAGAGACGGAAAGGAGAACCUCUGAGACCUGAACGCCUACCGUGUCCGUGAUGAGAGGGCAGGUGAAGGAAGAGAAGCCAGGGAAUGAGGGGCAGAGAGGUGAGGGGGAGGCCAGGCAGGCUGCUGCUGGGGAAGCCAUGGGAGAGAAGGUGGUCAGAAGUGUAGCUUCCUUCCGAGAGUGGGAGAGAGAGGGCUGGAAGGAACCGCCAGUUCGGUUUGAACAGGGACCUUCUUGCCUCCAGGAAAAGUUCACAGCUCACAAAGGAUAAUGCCUUUAUGGAACAGGGAUGAGGGUCCGUGUGUGUGGAGCCACCUGGGUUCUCCUGAAUCCACUUGCUGGGAUCCAGACCUCAUUGGAGCCAAGAGCAGGGCUGGUCCCACUCAGAGCUUUCUUUCCUCCCUCAGCUCAGCAUGCUUCCCUGGUGCCUGCCCUUCCCCAAGUGGGGAACGUAGGAGACCAAGCAGCGGCAACUGUGCUCCGGAUGGUCAGGCCCCAGGAGGCUGCAGUGUUCGAGUUCCUGUCUGUGGACUAUACUCAGCAAAAGUGGAAAGGUCUGGCACUCAGCCAGAGAGCCCUGUACUGGAACAUCAUGCUGCAAAAUUGCUGCAGCCUGGCCUCACUGGCAGGUGAGAACAGGAUGGAGAGUUCAGAGUUGCCUCCAAAGCAGGAACUUUCUAAAGUUUUCAAGUCAUCUGAUAGGACCUCAGUAGUACUCUGUGGAAUGAUUCCAGGAGAACCAGAAGCUGGAGAUGCCUGUGAAGAGGCUUUAGAGAAGCUAGAAGUUCAACCCUCAGGUGAAGAAGGGACCAGACUGGAAAGGGAUUUCUUGGAAAUAACACAGGAAGAUAAAAAUAAAUCCACAAAAGAUGGGUGUGAUGAAUAUAAGGAAUUUGGGGGACAUCCAGACCUGUCCUCCAGUCCUGCAGAACAUCAAGGAGUUCUGAAGGGGCAGAAAUUCUAUCGAUGUGAUGAAUGUGGCAAAGCUUUUAAUUGGAGUUCUCACCUCAUUGGGCAUCAGAGAAUCCACACUGGCGAGAAACCCUAUGAGUGCAAUGAGUGUGGCAAGACCUUCAGGCAGACCUCUCAGCUUAUAGUCCAUCUCAGAAUCCACACAGGGGAAAAGCCCUAUGAAUGCAGUGACUGUGGUAAGACCUAUCGCCACAGCUCCCAUCUCAUUCAACACCAGAGACUCCAUACUGGGGAGAAACCGUAUAAAUGUAUUGAAUGUGGAAAAGCUUUCAAUGAGAGUUCCAAACUCUUUGACCAUCAGAGAACCCAUACUGGGGAGAAACCAUAUGGAUGCAAUGAAUGUGGAGCAGUCUUUAGUCGGAGUAAAAGCCUUGUCCGCCAUCAGGUACUUCACACUGGUGAGAAACCUUACAAAUGUAAUGAGUGUGGGAAAGCUUUCUGUUCUAACAGAAAUCUUAUUGACCAUCAGAGAAUCCACACUGGGGAGAAGCCUUAUGAAUGUAAUGAAUGUGGCAAGGCCUUCAGUCGAAGUAAAUGUCUUAUUCGACAUCAGAGCCUCCACACUGGGGAAAAACCAUUCAAAUGCAGUGAGUGUAGGAAAGCCUUUAAUCAGAUCUCUCAACUUGCUGACCAUGAGCGAAUUCAUACUGGAGAAAAACCCUUUGAAUGUAAUGAGUGUGGUAAGGCAUUCAGUCUGAGUAAAUGUCUCAUUCGACAUCAGAGACUUCACACGGGUGAAAAGCCCUAUAAAUGCAAUGAGUGUGGAAAAUCCUUCAAUCAAAACUCAUACCUCAUUAUUCAUCAGAGAAUUCACACUGGUGAGAAACCUUAUGAAUGUAAUGAAUGUGGGAAGGUCUUCAGUCAUAAUUCUAGCCUUAUGGUACAUCAGAGAACCCAUACUGGGGAGAAACCAUAUAAAUGCAAAGAUUGUGAGAAAGCUUUUCGUGACAGCUCACAACUCACUGUGCACCAAAGAGUUCACACUGGAGAGAAACCCUAUGAAUGUAUUGAAUGUGGGAAAGCCUUCAGUCAGCGUUCUACUUUCAAUCACCACCAGCGAACUCACACUGGAGAAAAGCAGUCAGGUCUGGCUCGGUCUGUUUUUUAAGACGUGAUUCUCUAAGACAGCAAGGAACUCUGAGUUAAGGUUUCUAUAGAAGAAGUAUGCUCACCGUGGUCUCCUCUUGGAACCACUAAUCAAAGUGGAUCAUUCACUAAAUGCUCUCUGGUGGUCAGGAAGGUGGGAGAGUGGGAGUAACAGUACCAUCCUUCCCCACAAGGGACUACACAUUUCAUGUGCUUGUAGGUUUCCUUUUUCUUCACUUUUUUUUUGGCCACGCCAUGCGGCUUGUGGGGGAGCUUUCCCGACCAGGGAUCAAACCCACGCCCUCAGCAGUGAAAGCAAGGAGUCCUAACCAGUGGACCACCAGGGAAUUCCCUUCUUUCACUUUUAAAAAAAAUUAAAAUCUAUCUUGUUUCUUAAUUAUUUGUCCCACAAUUAUAUUCUUAAGGAAAGAGAUAUUUCCUUAUUCUAUUCCACCUCCUCCAUUUUACCAUUUAUAUAAAGUCAUUCUCUAAGACUCUGAGUCAUACUUUCUACCUCUUGAAUGUGGCCCUUUUAAAACUACUUUAAUCUAGACUCUCAUCACUUGUGUUCUCUACCUAGAAAAGCUUUUCUUCCUGUUGGCCAAUCUGUGUCCCUUGAACCUUUAAGAUCUAGGUCAUCUCUGAAGGACUUUCUUCUUAAAAUGCUCCUUUUUUCCUCCUAACCUGUUGAUUGACCUCAGUGUUUUGAAUUAACCUGUGCUGUAAUUUGCAAUUGUUAUAUAAUUGCCUUGUCAAUUCUCAACCUAAUGCCCCUUUGUGUCCUUUUAUACUAACUUCAUGUAGGCUUUCAGGUUGGGUAUAGUAUCUAUUUCUUUUAGCAUAUAGAUAAUACUUUGCAUAUUCUAGUUGUUAAAUAGCUUUUAAAAACUCGCCUCUCCAACUGAACCAUGCUUAAAGUGGGCAUGAACUCCCCUUUCACCACCAGACCUAAAAUUUCUAAAGAUGGGUAUCAUAGGAUAUCAAAUACAAA